GUGAAAAACCUCAGAAGACGAUGAAAUGUCCUCCAGUGAUGCUGUGGAUUCUGGGCGUUGUCAUGGCGACGGCGGUAACCGGGGGAGACGGAGCGCGGGUGGUGAGCGGUCAGACGGUGUGCUCCGGCGGUCCCGAGCAUCUCUGUUAUAAAAUCGCAUAUUUCCACGACAUGUCGAGCCGAGUUGCGUUCCAGGAGGCGCGUCAGGUCUGCGAGAUGGGCGGAGGCUCGCUGCUCAGCAUCGAGAGUCUGGCGGAGCAGAGACACAUUGAAAACCUGCUGCAGGAGCUGAGUUCAGGAGCAGUGGGAGGAGGUAUAGCGGACGGUGACUUCUGGAUCGGUCUGACUCGAGCGGACGGAGCCGAUCAGAAUCAUCCCGAACUCAGCAGCAGCUUCACUUCCUGUCCACAGCUGUACCACUGGACCGACGGCAGCCCGGCGGCCUUCAGGAACUGGUAUUUUGACGAGCCGUCCUGCGGAGGAGAGGCCUGCGUUGUGAUGUAUCAUCAGCCGACUGCACUUCCUGGUCUGGGCGGGGCUUAUCGCUACCAAUGGAACGACGACCGCUGCAACAUGAAACACAACUUCAUCUGCAAAUACAAACCAGGAAAUCUCCACAACAAAACCAACACACCUGCAGGUCGGGGAACAGAAACAACAACUGAGGGUGAGGUUGUUCCUCCUCAGGUCGUCAUGGCCGGAGCUUCAGGUAUGCUGCUGGUUUACGUCAUCAUUCCCACAAUCCCCCUGCUGCUGCUCAUCCUGGUGGCUUCUGGGACUUGUUGUUUCCAGAUGAUCAGCAGAAGACGUACGUCUCAACACUGACGAUGAUGUCAUCACCUCCCGCAGUGACCCCCGCAGUAAAACCCCCACCGGCCAAUCAACCCUGUGGAUCUCCAGGGCGCCAAAAACCGACAGCAUGGAGGUGUGAGCGCAAUGACAUCACAGCAUGUGGCCAGCAGAGCGAUGACAUCACAGCAUGUGACCAGCAGAGGGAUGACAUCACUCCGAAGUUCAACCAAUCAUCAUCGAGCAGCGUGUUAAUGAGCCUGUUUGUUCAUUUACCGCAAAUCCAUCAGAUUACUGUGUUUUUAUACUGAAGUACUGCAGAGAAUACUACAUACUGUAGUAUCUGUACUACAUACUGUAGUAUCUGUACUACAUACUGCAGUAUCUGUACUACAUACUGCAGAGAAUACUACAUACUGCAGUAUCUGUACUACAUACUGUAGUAUCUGUACUACAUACUGUAGUAUCUGUACUACAUACUGCAGUAUCUGUACUACAUACUGCAGAGAAUACUACAUACUGUAGUAUCUGUACUACAUACUGUAGUAUCUGUACUACAUACUGCAGUAUCUGUACUACAUACUGCAGAGAAUACUACAUACUGCAGUA